UAGUAAAUAUGGAUGGUAAUGGUUGAAGUUUGAGAAUCGAGGCGAUUUCAGCAAAAAGAUGACAUUUUUUGGCGCAAAUUUGCGAUGAAAUAUGACUGGUCUUGAAGAGGUGGACGAAGUCGAUAUAGAAGAAGCCAUUAGGUUGGAGUUGAAGGCGCUGGACGGCUUGGACUUGCUGGAACUGGAGAGUACAUCCGAUGAAAGCAUCAAGUCUUUUGAAAGCAUUCAAGGAGAUUUUCCAGUUUCUGGCACUUCUCUUGAAAAGCGGCGAAGUUUCUUCUACAGAGGAGAAAUGUGUUUCUGCCCUGAUUCUGUUGAAUCCUUUAUGCGUCUCUUGAAAUCGAGAGGGGAAAAGUUUCAAUUGGAUCUUGAUGAAGCCGAAAAUGCGCUGAAGUUUGCAAAUCAUUCCGAAGAUAAUAGCUCGGCCAAAAUACUUGUGGAGAACUUGGAGGAUGAUGAAGCCAGGUUAACACCUGAUUUCAAAGAGAAGGUCCUUUUGGAAAUUGAGGAAUGCAGUGAAAAAGAGGAGGCAAAUGUUUUUGUUGACGAAGAAGACGAAGUCAUUUCGUCACUAGAAGAAACCGGUUUGAACGAGCUCAAAAAACUGGAAUCAAAACAAAACGAUCGUCGUGACCAGUUGGAAGAGCUUUUCAAUGAAAUCAGAGAAGACGAUCGCCUUAGACACGAGAGAGAUGAAACGACGAGGGUGGAAAGCAAGCGUACGGCAAGUGAAGAACAUAAAGCAAAGAUGGAAAAAAACAUGAGCCUAAGAUUGAAGAUUGAAGAGGAAGCAAAACUUCAAAAAAAGACAAUUAUGGAUCUUCAGGAACAACUCGAGCUUGAAAUGACGAAAUUAGAAAAACGUCGUAAGGAAGAACGAAUGGCGUUAGAGAAAGUCCAGCGCGAGGAAAGACGAAAACUUGAAGUUAGAAACGAACGUGCUUGUGUUAUAAUUCAGAAGACUUUUCGAAUGUUCCGUGUAAAGGCAAAGUACGGUGGCAUAUUGAAAGAAAAACGAGAAGAGAGAUACGAGAAGAAAUUGAAGGAACUAAAAGCUUUGGAUGAGAAAGAAAAGAGAAUGAUCGAGGAGGGAAUACGAAAGGCUAAAGAGGAAGAAGAGAAAAGAUUGAAAGAGGUAGAAAUGGAGAAAAAACGGAAGAAAGCAGAGAGAAAAGAAAGAGUUGAGAGAUCUGGAAAAGAAGAAAGAAAGUAUAAAAAGGAAACUGAAGGAAAUGAAGGAUUAGGGAAUAAAGGACAAGAGACAGAAAAGGAAAAUAAGGACAGAGGGGAAAGCGAGUUACUCGAAAAAAACUGUAAUAUUAAAGACGUUUCGUUUGGAAGAUCUGGUCGAGAUUCAUUAUUCGAUGUCAACAUCGAUGAUCGUCCGGCAGACGGCGGGAAUGUUGAAGAGGAAUCCAGGCCCACCCUGGAUUCUAGAGAAUGUCAUUUGGUUUGGGAGACACUUAGAAAAAACUGGUUGAAACAAACCACAUUGUGGAGUUGCCUUUCUAAAGAGCAAAGUGGUUCUUCGACAAGUCGACCAAAGCCCAGGCGCCCGCUGUCAGCGUCACAGAACCUCCCUACUUUUUCUACAGAAGAAAUUCUAAAUUCGUUAAAAACUCCGACGUCGCUGGAUGAAAUCUUUGUCAUUAACGUUCGAGAUCUUCCACCACGCAAUUUCAAAAUAAUGCCAAGCUGUCCCAAUGUUAAAUCACUGACUGUACAAAACUGUGGCGUGAUAUCAGCCGCAGGUUUUGAAAGCUGUAAGCACCUGUUGGAACUGAACCUCUCGGACAAUGCGAUACAAAACAUAUGUUGUCAAAAUUUGGACUCUCUUCAUCUCGUGGAUUUUAAAAGGAAUCAAUUGGCUUCAAUACACGGUCUUGAUGGCUGCUGUAACGUCCGAGCACUUUUACUGGACGAUAACAAGAUAACGAGAGUAGGAAAAUUUUCAUUCAACAGAGUUAUGCACUUGUCACUUCGAAGUAACCAACUAAUCACAACGAAAGGCCUCUCAACGUGGAAAUAUUUACAAAUUUUGGAUUGCUCUGAUAAUCACUUGAAUCGCAUCGAUGAAUUGGAAUGCUGUCCUUUAUUAAGCAUUUUACGGCUGAAAGGAAAUAAUUUGCAAACGCCUCCAUGUUUGAGCAAUCAUGUUUUACUGCGCGAAGUACAUCUUGGUGAAAAUAGCAUUUCUUCUUUGGAAGAGUUUGUCAAUAAUUGGUUGCCUCUUCUUCAACAUUUAUACCUCAAUGACAACAGCCUAUCCACUGUUUCUCAUAUGAAAAACUUCCCAAUGCUGGAAACUUUGGAUUUGAAAAACAACUUAAUUACAGAUGAAGAAAAUGUUUUAAAUGGAAUUGCUGGAUGUCAAGAAUUGCGAGUACUUAUCGUAGAAGGAAAUCCAGUUGUCGAGGACAAAAAUUUCAGAGGCGCUAUCAUCAGUCUGUUGCCGAAUCUUAGAUGCUUGAAUCAAGAGAAAUUAAAAAACACUUUGGUAGACGAUGAUGUUCGAAUGCAAUCCAUAUACCAUCAAAUAUGCUGUGCUCAGAUUCUCACACAGGAUGCAUUAAUGAAGAGACAUAAAUCUGAGAUGUUGAAUUGCGAAAAAGAGUAUAGUGCCGACGACCUUGUGUUGAAAAGACUAAACUUGAAGAUUCGGCACUUCAAAGAGCUUGAGGAUUUGAUGAUAGAACAUCGACAAAUGCACGAAAGAUUUUCUGUGGUCGGUGAAAAUGAAACUUUUGAAAACUCCAUUGUUUCCAUUAAACCUGAAUCAUCAAAAAAAGUUGGAGAAGAUACAUCGCUCGGUGAAAAACAUCUACGAGAUACUUCUAUUCAAAACGACAAUACGGAAGGGCAACCUUAUGGACGUGAGUAUCCAGACAGGAACAAUGAAUCUGAUUGGAAUGCUCCUUCAAAUCAUGUAUCAAUACAACCCGCAACGAUCACAUCCAACAAUAUGUGCGGCAGAAGAAAGCUCAAUGAUGACACUCUUAUAUCUUCAUCACGUCGCGAAAAACAAGAGAGCAGCGAUGUUUUGAAAAAUGUGGCGGAAAAUCAUCUUCAAAUUGGUGAACAAGAAUUUCUUUUACGGCAGCAUGAGCGUCCUAUAUCGAGCGACGUGUUUGAUGAAACACAGUCGAACCACAUUUGUAAAGAACCACAAAACAGCAAUGUUACGAAAUCAAUUCUGUCACGUGAGAAAAGUCUGCAUUCUAAUACGAUUGAAAUGAGUUACGUUCAAUGGCAACCAUUCCAUCAUGAAGCAGCAACUUGCAUUCAGGCAAACCUUCGUGGAUAUUACAUGAGAAAAAGAUACAUUGAAGCGAUGAAAACUGCUCGUUACACUGAUCUCGACCUUGAAAAUGAUGAUUUUGAUGAAGAUGUUGACCUCAAUAUGUUUGAUAUGGAUGAAGCAGACUUGGAAAAUAGUUGGGUUCCCUUCGAUUUAGCACCAGGGAGUGGACAAAACAACUGGCAAUCGCAGUCUCUAAAACAACAACAACAAAUAAAGUACCGUGAUGAUUAUGUCACCAACGAAGAGGAUAAUUUUCAACCAUUUGCGAUAAAAAAAGCGUGGGCAUCCCCUGUGUGCAGUCCUGAUCAGAGGAUUGUGCCACCUAUCAAAGCACCGAGUACUUUGUCCGAAGAAAGAUCACCGCCUGGUGUGACUCAACGAUCUCACAGAACGAGCGAACUGUCUAGUGAAUGGGGAUUUAGUAAAAGUAGUACUGCUGAGUUAAUGAUGAAACGCGCCAACAGAAUGAAGUACAACGCGUUACGCAAGAAGAAACUUACCGAUCCAGAAAAACGGCUAAAGUUGUUCAAGAAAACAGACGAAACAAACAAAUCACAUGGCGCUCAGAUUGUGAAAAAGAGGAAGGAAAAACCGAGAGUGGAUUACUUCUCUGGACGUCAGUAUGGAGAUAACGAAAGUCCAAGAAGGGAUGAAGAAGAGUCAAAAGUUAAAAAGGAAAUGACGUUCAGCUGGAUAUACGACCAAGCCGUGCUUCUCAAAGGUCAAGAAGACGAGAUACUUGGGGACAGUGGUGGAUAUCACAACGAAUCUCGAACAUCUAACAAACGGCGAGUCAGGUCGCCCACAGGAAUAAGUUUACCGAGAAUGGAUCCUGUUAUUUUAGCUGGUCGAAAUCUUCCUUUAGUGGCCAGUGCUGUGGGCAACCCUAAGGCAAGCGCAAACACUUCUGAGGUCGCAGACAUAAGUUCAGGACGACCGCACAGUUGGCAUAAAACAACGAAGACCCAUUCCAAUCCAGAUCUUUCUCUUGUUGGCCAAGCGAAGGCUCAAAGCCGAUCGGCGAAAAGUAACAGCGCCGAGGCAAGGAUUGUAAAAGAGCGUAGUUAUCGACUUUGAUUAAUGUUCAAAAAGGACAUUUAUGAUUUUCAUCUGUGAUGAUGUCAUUAUGCUUAGUAGGGCGAUAUCGUAGCCAAUAGUCCAUCCUUAUCAUCGGGGGUAGUGCAAGACAUGACACUGUGUUGCCCAAAUUUAUUUUUUACUACAAAGUUUGAUUCAAUGUAUUGGUAUGAACUCGUUCAAAGCCAGUGAUGUAUAUAGUGUAUGUGAAAGAGAAGAGGUAAUAUAUUAUAUAUUUUCUAGAGCUCAA